AUGGAUCAAGAUAUUAAAAAGAUAAAACCUUAUAUUAAUAAUAUAAAGAAACAGCUAAAUGCUUUAGCCCCACAUUUGGAAACUUUAACUAAAAAACCAUUAGAUGAACAAUUACUUGAAGAAAAUUUGGAACGUAAUAAAUUAGAUAUAUCAAAUACUUAUGCAUAUGUAUUGAAUUCUUUAUUUUUUGCAUAUGGUAAAGUUGUUGGUUUACAAAAAGAAAAUAUUGAUUUAAUUCGUACAGAAUUAAAUAGAGUUCAAAAUUAUAUGAAACAAACAAAUGAUUACGAUAAUAAAAUUAGUAAUUUAAAACAAAAAAAUAAAGAUUAUCAAAAUAAUUUAAAAAAUAAUAUUUCAAAAUCUUUAAAUAAUGAACCAUCAAUAAGUAAAAAAAAUUUUCAAGGUAAACAUACAAAAUUUGAAAAUAAUGAUGAUGAUAAUAAUAAUAAGAAAAAUGAAGAAAAUGAUGAAGACAAAAAUUUGAGUGAAUAUAAUAGUAAUCUUGUGAAUGAAAUUACUGAAAGAAUUAUAAAAUCUAAAUCUAAAAAGGAUAAGAUUGCAAAACGUCAAACAAAUAAAAAUAAAAAUAAUAAAAAUAAAAUUGGGAAGAUAUAA